AUGUAUGUUUACACCCUUCACAGCUCUCGUCCAGGUCGCCCACCGAAGCGUUCCUAUGGGGCCGAUGUGCAAGAAAGCCCCAGAAUCCUCCACCACAGAGCAAACAACCUUCUGUCUCCAGCCCUGCUGUCACCUACAGGUCUAACAACAGCUGCCAUGGCUGAAGCUUUGAAGAUACAGAAGAUGAAGAUAAUGAUGAAUCUACACAAGACCCACAACGGCUCAGAAUUCGAUUCAGAUGAGCUCAACACUAAUACAGGAUGCAGCGCUUUGUCCUGGGAGAGAGAGAAGCAUUCAUCACCUGCUUCAGAGAAAACACAGCACAGCUUGAACAACUCUCAGCUCAACUCUCUCCAACACACCCAUCUGCUGGCCAACAGACUGGACCUGCCCUUCAUGAUGAUGCCCCAUCCCCUGCUUCCUGUUGGACUUCCUCCCGCCUCUGUUGCCAUGGCAAUGAACCAGAUGAACCACCUUAAUACAAUUGCCAACAUGGUUGCCAGUGCACAGGUGCACAGCCCCGUCUCCAGACCGACAUCUGCCAUCAAGGUAGGACUUGAACAAAAUGCAGUGAAACCAACAAUCUUUGAGAAGGUCCCAGCUCAAGCAUUGUCCUCUGGCUUUCCUGCGUCCCUUCUUUUCAGAGACGGCCUCUCCUCCGUCGAGACGCUGCUCACUAAUGUCCAGGGCCUGCUAAAGGUGGCUUUGGAGAACGCCCGUCUGCAGGAGAAACAGCUUCAGCAGGAGAGGAGAGAGCUCAAGAUGGAGCUGUACAGAGAGAGAGAGAUGAGAGAGAGUCUAGAGAGACAGCUCACCUCUGAGCUACACAGUCGAGCUACCAUUCAGAGACGUCUGAAGAAGGAGAAGAAGGCAAAGAGGAGGUUACAGGAGGCGCUGGAAUAUGAGUCCAAGCGGAGAGGGCAGAUCGAGCAGGCCUUACAGCAGGCCACCUCAUCAGACGCUCUCACUCACGAUCCAAUCAGUCUGGACAUGGAGACGGAGCGAUGCAGAAGCCCGGAGGACAACUGCUUGUUACAAGAAAGCAGAGCAUACACAAAAAAUCCAAUAAUGUACUAAGAAGAGGUGGAUAAGGAUGCUCUCCACAUCACACACUUUCCGAAUGCUGAAGAGAGGACUUCAAGGUUUUAUGCUGUGAGCUGCAUUGGAGAAGAUCUUCUCCUUAACCCAAUCGAAUGCUCCAUCCACACAACAUUCCAGAAUCCUCGACUGUUGUUUUAUCUACAUACAUUGUGCUUAAUUCCUUGUUUAAGCUCUGUGGAGAGCACUGUUGGUGUACUGUUACUUGUUUUGAAGCAGCGUUUGGAAGCAACUGGAUGCUGUUUUGGCAUUAUCCCUUCAGGACAGUGACCUUCAGUCUAAUGCCCUCAGGACAGGCUGAGGAAAAUGUUAAAAAAAGGAGGAAAAGAGAUGCAUCUGGCUUGUGUUUCAUACUUGUUUAAAGACUCUAAAGAGUGUGGAAUCUUACAUUUAAUUGCUUUUCUCGUGUAUGUCCAUCUUCUGGUUCUACAGUUCAUUUAUCUCUUUGUAGGUCAGUUUGGCUUCUUAAUACUGUUUAAUAUGUUCACCUGUUCUUCAGUUUGAGCAACCUUAUGUGGGAGCUUUCUUUGUAAGACCUUGCGUUAUUUUAUUGGCUUUCAGAUGGAAAAACUUGUUUUUGGAAUCUUUCCCUCGUUAUUCUAAGGAGAACCUGUGGAUAUUGUAGAUGUGGUUUCAUGUUCUCAAGCAUUUACAGCGAUUUGAUUCAAAUAAGUUAAAACUAGACACUAAGGCCGCAGAGGAUAUUUUCUUAUGCAUUUGGCAUUUUCCCCACCACACGAGUCUUUAUUUAGUCUGUGAGUUACUUAAAGAGGAAAACAGACUUCCCACAGAACAGAAUUCCCUGCUGGUGUUGUCAGGAUGAGCCAUCCAUCCUAUAGGCAUUCGAAUGCUAAAUGAUGUCUUGAAAGGUCUAGAUCGAUGUCUGUCACCAUUUUGUGCACCAGAAUGAACCGACAACACAAAUAAACAAAGCGAUGCUCAUGUCACCGGUGUCACCUUGUCGUCAAUAGCGUUCCUGAUGAAGCUAAAGCUGUCAAACAAUCCUAUUGAUUCAGGUCAUGCAAAUGAGACCCCAUUAGUGCUUAAAUGCCUCCGCUGCUAAAUAUCGGCAUUUAUUGACACGCAUCAAAGUCCUCAUUAACAUUCCAUUUGUGGUCUUCUCGUGGCCAGACACAAGCUAAGUAUUGUUCCAUACUGCUAUUUCUAGUCUACAACAGCACUUCAACAGCUCCAGCUGUAUGAUAUCCAAACAACUGUACUGUAACACGGAUUUGUAAUAUUUUUCUUUUGCAUGCUUUAGGAGUAUUACCCGAGACCAUAAAUCUGUGGAGACCAUAAAUAGAUUUGAAAACAAUUUACUCUGAUUUGGAAUUGCUCCCUAAAAAUGGGAAAUGACCAUUUGGGAACGUGGGAAAUGUGUGGUUCCAAAACUACAGCUAGCAAAAGAUAGGAGCGGAAGAUAAACAUAUGUGUUUAGGAUACAGAAAUGGCAUCUGUUUUGCUAUGAUUGUUU